GCUCCUCCUGUUGGCAGCUUCACCCGGGCUUUGCUUUUCCACCCAGGGUCGGACACGUCGCCUGAGCCCCAAGACUUUGUGUUGGUCUCCGCCGCAGCUCUUUUCCAGGGUCUCCCGGGCAGAAGUGGGGGGAGCGAUCCUCGCUCCCCUACUCCUGGGUCUCCCCGCCUGGGGCGCGUCUGUCCCGCCCUGGGGGGAGGCCCUCACUCCCGGACCCCUGGGUCUCCCCUCCGGAGCCAAGUUUCUCUGGCCCUAGGGUGCCCUCUCUCCUGGAGUCCUGGGUUUCUGCGCCGUGGGCGCGUCUCCCUGACCUAAGGUCUCUCGGAGGUCUGGAUCUUCCCAAAUCUAGGGAGCCCUCGGCUUCAGGACACCUGGGUCUCCCCGCUGGGGGUGCGAUUUUCCUGCCCUAGUCACUUCCACCCCCACCCCUACUCCCCCUCCCCGGACCCAAGAAGGGCCUGAUCCUGGGCGCUUCGGUCUUUCCUCCAGGAGCGCGUCUCUCUGGCCUAGCCCUAGGCUCCCUCGGUCCCUCUCUGGGACUCCGGAGCCGCGAGGGUCUGGGGGCAAUGAAUCGGGGGGCGCUCCUGGCCCUGGCAUUGCUGGUAUACGCGGGCUACCUGACUCUGGGAGCCCUUGUGGUAUCAGCGAUCGAGCGGCCCCACGAGAGCCGGCUGCGGGCUGAGCUGCGAGCGCUGAAGGGAGAGCUCCUGGAGAGCAGCCCGUGCCUGGACGAUCCGACGCUAGAACGCUUCCUGGUGCGGGUGCUGGAGGCCGGGCGCCACGGGGUGUCGGCUCUCCACAACGCCACGGCGCCCAGCAGCUGGGACUUCGCCUCAGCGCUCUUCUUCGCCAGCACUCUCAUCAGCACCGUGGGUUAUGGCUAUACUACCCCUCUGUCGGAUUCAGGCAAGGCCUUCUCCAUCUUCUUUGCCUUGCUCGGGGUGCCGUUUACCAUGCUGGUGCUGACAGCCACAGCCCAGCGUGUGGCCUUGCUGGUGACCCACACCCCGCUGCGCUGGCUGCAGUUUCGCCGAGGCUGGGACCGAAGGCUGCUGGCCCGUUGGCACCUGGUACUGCUACUGCUAGGGGUGCUGGCCAUCUUCUUCCUGGUGCCGGCUGCCAUCUUCACCUACCUGGAGCAAGCCUGGACUUUCCUUGAUGCUUUCUACUUCUGCUUUAUCUCCCUUUCCACCAUUGGGCUAGGGGACUACGUGCCUGGUGAGCAGGAAGGUCAGAAGAACAGGGCCCUUUACAAGGUUCUGGUCACAGUGUACCUGUUCCUGGGGCUGGUGGCCAUGGCCCUAGUUCUUCAGACCUUCCGGCGUAUGGCUGACCUACAUGGAUUGACUGAACUCAUCCUUCUGCCCCAGGAGUGCGGGGCUGAGGAUGAGGAAGAAGAGCACACAGAUAUCCUGGACUCUAGGGUUCAGCCCGCUCACCAGCAGCUCAACUCAGGCACCCACUCAGACUAUGCUGCCAUCCCCCGGUAGCCCCCUUUGCCUAGGCCCUGCCUUGAGGGCCAGGUAUGGGCCUAGGGCAAGACUUUUAUCCUUGCUAUGACAGUCCUCUGUGUCUAAUCCCUGAACCCUGCUGCCCAUUAGCAUGGGAUAAUAUUACAACCAUUUAUUUUUUUGCAAGUCAAAAGCGUUCCCCCUGUGCCUAAGUAUACUUGGAAGGGUGGGGGGAGUCCUGGGAGAAAAGGGCAUGGGAUGGGAAGGAGUCUCUGGCCAGGCUUCAGAGGUUCACCUUCCCAGGGUGAAGAGGAGAUAAAUGCCCAUGUUUACAAGACUUGGCUUGGCAGAUGAGCAACCAGGAAGGGGAAGACAAGGUCCAAUUCUGCAAGAGAGGAGUUGGGAUUUCUGAGUUCUGGUCUUGUCCAGGCAAGUUAGCUGUAAAGUCAUUCUCUCUAGCCUUUUUCUUGAAGGGGGGGGCAGUGCA